AUGAGGAGGCUACUAUCCUGCCCAUCUCUAGAGGAAUUUCUAGUCAAAGACUGUGACAAGUCUGUCCUCUUCUUUGAUGAUGAUGGUGAUGAUGUGUUUGGAGGAGGAGAAUUGCUGCCAUCUUCUCGUCUUCAUUCAUUACAUAUUAUUCGGUGUGCUAAGGUCAGGACUAAGAGGAAAGGUGUGGGGGUGGGUAAGGGUGCACAAUCUGACUAUCAAUUUCCUCAGUCCUUUUCCUUUGCAAAGCUGAUAAUAACUGAUUCCUUUAUAAUUUCAGUGAAUUGUAGACUUAAACGAAGAUCUACAGAUUACAGCUCCUUCCUCUAUCGAGGCGAAGGAGUUAGUUGCAUAUCAAUCGUGUUUUCCAUUUUCGGUUAUGCUUUGGAGCAGGAGCCAGAGAGGGCUUGUACAAUUUUGAAGAAAGGAGAGGGCUUCAAGGACGACAAGGGGAAGAUUCUAAUGUUAGCUGAAGAGGCAGGCCAGAUUCCAAAGAAGCCCAAAAAUCAGGACACCGGUUUCGAAAAUGAGGAGAUAAAUGAACUGCUCUUGAGUUUUGCUGAAGCGGGAGUUACUAUGAAUCAGCAGACUGGUUUGAUCUUGAACAGAGAUGAAGAAACAAUGCAGACUCCAUAUCGGUGUCUUGCGCUUAAUUUCGCUAGCAAGGAGCUAGCUAACUGCUGUAAGAGGCAAGUAUCUCGAAGGCAUUGUGCUGUUUAUACUAAUUUUCAGGAGAUACAGAAACUGCUCUUGAGUUUUUCUGAAGCUGAGCUAUUGUUGGGAAGAUACAUGAAUUUCUUUUUGAGUCCAGCUGAAGUAGGAGCUGCUGUUGUGAGACAUAAAGGAGUUGAUCUGCUGGUUAGGCUUGAGGGUUACAACAUGAUGCCGACUGCUGAGCACUUCUAUCUGUUGAAGACUUCCGAUCAUCAAAUGAGGAAAGACUGCCGAUUCUCCAGGACAAAGAUGCCAUUUAUGAUCUCCUGCGUAAUAUUAGCAGGAGAUCUUACCAAUGAUGGACUAGAACUGAAACUGGGACUUGGCAACGGUGAUGGAGACAUUGAAUAUGAAUUCUUCCAUUCUGUAUCAAGAUUUUGA